AAGCGAUAUACUUGUUGGUACAACUCCUCAAAUUACAGCGACGAGAAAAGGGGAUAAGGAUUAAGGAUCAUAGCUUUGAGCACAAAGAUGGAGGUCGCCUUUCAUAACCAUUCAAUAUCAGUCUUCCCUCCUAUCAGAGGAUCCAAAUGCAUGAAGUUGCAAGAUCACAGAAGAAAAUUCUUCAGAAUAUCUUCUGCAUUGCCAGAAACAUUUGUGUCUGUGACAAUAGCAACUGCAGUUGUUGGUGCAGCAGCCACUCUUCUCGUUAAAAGAACCCAACAAUCUGAAAAAAGUCAGACUCCAGUGAAAAUCUGUGAAGAUUGUAGUGGUUCUGGUAUUUGCUCAGAGUGCAAUGGAGAGGGUUUUGUGCUUCAGAAACUGUCAGAAGAAAGGGCUGCAAGGGCUAGGAUGAUUUCUAAGGAUGCAGCUACUCGCUAUACAUCUGGGCUUCCAAGGAAAUGGAGUUAUUGCACAAAGUGUUCAGCUGCUCGAUCUUGUAGAACCUGCGAUGGCAGUGGAAAGCUGAGUUUGUAAUUAUCCAUAUCGGUGACAUCUCUAGACUCUUAGCUUAAUUAACCUGGAUGGGCUGGAUCUUGGUCAUUCAUUUCUAUUAUUCUUCUUAUUUUUCUUCCAGCCAAAUACUUGUUCUCCCUCAGUCCGACAUUAAUCAAUCAAUCAAAGCCUUAAUCCCAUAAGUGGGGUUGCUUACAUGAACCAAAAGUGAUUAUUCCGUAUAGAGUUUGACAUUAAUAGUCACAUAAAAUAUUAUAAGUUAUCCUGGAAAAGCUGUUUUUUCUGGUGGAAGUGGGCAUUUUGAUAAGAACAAAUUUUGUGUCAGAUGUUAACCAUACCGGUAAAUAAACAGCUAAAGUCUAUAAGAUUUGAAAGUCUGCUUCA